AUGGACUCCCUGAAAAACAUUUCCAAAAAUGGCUGGAAACCCGGCUCCUCCUCCUCCUCCACUUCCUACUCCUCGUCGACAGAAAAGAAAUCCAGCAUAACAGGUCUAGGCGUGCGCUCCAAACUCUCCGACGCCAAAGGCAAGGCCACAGGAAGAGAUACCGCAAGUUUGAAUCAUCGCGAGAGUGCUUUGAAUCACCAAUCAAGACCGUUGGCGAGUUUGAGGGAUCCGGCGAGUUUUGCGCCGCCGCCGAAACAUGUGGCUGCGGGUGGGGGUGCGGUUGGGGGUGGUGGGCAAGGGUUGAUUGGGAAUGGAGGAGGAGGAGGAGGGGCAGGAAGUUCCACGGCGAUGGUGGCGGUGAGAAGGAAUGAGGGACCUACAGGUGGCUUGGGGGCGCCGGCUGUCGAGCCUGGGUAUGCAGCGAGAAAAGCAGCCGAAGAGCGGGAAAGAUUAGAGCAAGAGGAAUUGGAGAGGGAAAAGAGGAAGGAAGUGGGAUAUCUCAAAGAUACAUCUGGUCUACGGACUGACCAUCUCCCGCCUCCGCCUGUAAGACGUCCAAAUCUUCAAGACGAAGCCAAUACUGGAGUAGGAUCUGUAGUGAGAAGAACAAGUCCCGCUCUCCCAGCAAGAACUACAGCAUCAGGUCCCGCACUACCAGCAAGAGGAGCAAGUCCCGCUCUACCCCCUCGAGGAGCAAGUCCCGCCCUCCCAUCCCGAACCUCCCAACAAUCCCCCGCCAUUCCCCCCCGAAGAACAGCCACAGGCCCACCACCACCCCUCCUCCCACCUCGACAAAACGAAUACCCGGACGAACACACCCCAGCUCCACCACCAGCCUACCAAGAAGCCCUCCGCCAACCCGCCCUCAACUCCCUCGCUCAGAACUCCUACACCAAACAUUCCAGCUCCAUUAACAAUUUCGCCGCGCAGAAACUCGGACAACAUGUAGGCGCCACACCCGCACAACAAGAAGUUUUGAAUAACCCCGCCGUGCAGCAAGCGGCUGUGAAGACUUAUUCACAGAAUUCGGGCGCCAUUAAUCAAUUCGCCGCGGGGAGAUUAAGUCAAGCGGGAGUUUCCGUUCCCGGGCUGGGGAUUGGAGGAGCUUCUUCUUCUAAUAAUCCAGGACCUGCAUCCGUACAGCAGACGACAGCGACGAGGAGUGGAACACAACUCUCCGAACUCCAGUCUCGUUUCUCUCGAUUGGGAAGUAAUCAUACCGAUACUUCUACUCCGCACUCUGUAACACCACAACAACAAAGACAAGAAACGGGGAAUAUAGCGCGACCACCACCAGCGUCAGCAGUAGCGCAGAAGAAACCUCCUCCUCCCCCUCCACCAAAGAAGAAAAUCGGUCUCGCUGGACCGGGAAGUCCAGGUGGAGCGGCAGGAGGAGGAGGAGCAGGAGAAGGAUCUUCUUCGAAUAGUGCUGCCAUUGUUCCUCCGCCCUUACCGUUGAGCAGUAAACCUAGACUACCUUGA